UUCGAUUGUUCAGCGGCCGCAGGGACUGAAUAACGACCCCACCGCGGGGUUGGUACUUGUCGCUCCGUGGACACACAUUGAAACCCAUUACGUAGCUGAUUGCUUCCAUCCAUCGUCAUCGUCAUCGUCAUCAUCAUCAGCCGUCAUUGGCUAGGGAGGAGAGCGAGAAGCGCGACAGAUAGCAGCGAGACUAGGCCCCCGGGCGAGGUUAACAGCUCUAGCAGCGAGAAGAACGCGCGUUAGUAUUUAGUAAACCGUCGACCCAUACGGAAGCGUGGUUCACUGUUGAACUUGUCUGCUACACGGCACUGCUACGCGGCACGUCUACGAGAGCCCUGCCGUUCGGUCUUUGGGUCAUCUUUCUACGGUUAUCUGCACGAACGAGGUCGUCUACGCUUGCUUCCCGAAAGGAACCGACUCCCGAAACUCCCAAAGUGCGUUGAGUAUUUUCGUUGGUGUGUGUGUGUCUGUUCCUGGUUCCAUUCCCGCUUCUAGUCGACACAAUUACGCCACUGGCGUGAGGAGGAUGUGUGUGUGUGUGUAGGAAAACAAAAAUAAAACCCCUGCAUAUCAGUUGUGCAAUAUAGUGAAAUCGGAAGACGGUCGAAAGCUGUGCAUGCAGUGUAUAAAGCGGAGAGAUGUGAAGAAGACGUUCUUUAGGGUUUUUUUUGCGUGUGUCGUCCGGUUGAUAGUCAAACGUUCUAACUGUUCCUCUCAAAAUCGAAGCCAGGCACACACGAGGCCUACCCCGGGGUUGCGAUGGCAACAGCCGGUGUGUGUAUGGAAAGUGAAAACAAAUCGAGUCGCCAGUAGUUAUUUUUUCUUUGGCAGCAGUGGGGAGAAUGAAGAAUGCCAAGGGAAACCCGAACAAGCGGACCGGCUGGCUGGGCAAGUUUUAUUGAUUGUGACCUUCUGUACCCGCGCCGUGUUGCUGUGUGUAUCGUGCGGUGCGUGCCUGUUCGUUCGAAAUACAAUCCACAGGUUGAACUCGCAAAACAGUGAAACUGUAGUGUGCACGAUUUCACACGGCAUAAAUCCAUUGCCAAGGUCUGGGCCUCCUGGGUGGCUGGAGUCUUCGUGCUGGAUGUUCGUGUCCGUUGCGUAAUACAUGUUGAGCCGGGAAAGCAUACUCCUUUAUGCUCCAUCAUCAUCAUCAACAUCAUCCUAAUCGCAGUUCACUUAUCGCUGCGCUUUGGUAGCGUGCAUGGAUUUGAUUUGUAUCAUUUUAAUCCCACUUCGAGCACGAUAAAAUUUUGAAAGUGUUCUCUAAACUCUGAAACUGUUCUGUAUCGGACCCUAGCGCUCAACACGUGUCACACUAAAUCCAAAACACCGACGUUCCACCAACCAACCAACCGACCGGGACACACCAGGAUGGGUUUGCUAAGCGAAGGCAGUCCUCUGACGUGGGACGAAACGAAGGCGCUGGCACAGCACGUCCGCGAGCAUGGCAUUGAGCAGUUUAUCAAUCUGUUCGCGCGCCUCAAAGACCGCCAGGGCGACGUGCUGAAGUGGGGCGACGAGGUGGAGUACAUAAUCGUCCGGUUCGACGAUAAGCAGCGCGCGGUCCAGGUAUCGCUGCGGGCGCAAGAAAUUCUGGCCAAGCUGAACGAAAAGGAAGCGGCCGAUCCACAAGGAGUCAAAUCACUGUGGCGUCCCGAGUACGGUGCGUACAUGAUCGAAGGUACGCCCGGCAAGCCGUACGGUGGUCUGCUGGCGCACUUCAACGUGGUCGAGGCAAACAUGCGCUAUCGGCGCAUGGAGGUCGCUGCCCUGCUGCCGGAGAACGAGUUCGUCAUGUCGAUCACCAGCUUCCCGCGGCUGGGAUGUCCGCGCUUCACGUUCCCACCGGCGGUACCGACGCCGGACGAUGAGGCGUGCGCGGCCCGGUCGAACUUUUUCCCCGACGAAGCCAUCUUCCCGGGCCAUCCACGGUUCAAGACGCUGACGCGCAACAUUCGCCAGCGGCGGGGCGAGAAGGUGUCGAUCAACUUGCCGAUCUACCCGGAUCGUGAUACGCAAACGCCGGUCGAGGGCAGCAUACCGUCCCACCCGAGCCACGUGCACAUGGACGCGAUGGGCUUCGGUAUGGGUUGCUGCUGUUUGCAGCUCACGUUCCAGGCGUGUAAUAUUAGCGAGGCGCGCACACUGUACGACCAGCUGACGCCGAUGUGCCCUAUAAUGCUCGCGCUGACGGCGGCCAGUCCUGCGUACCGUGGCUUUCUGACCGAUGUGGACUGCCGGUGGAACGUGAUCUCGGCCUCGGUCGACUGCCGCACGCGGGAGGAGCGUGGCGAGGAGCCGCUGAAGAACGAUCGGUUCCGCAUUUACAAGUCACGCUACGAUUCGAUCGAUUCUUACCUCUCGCCGGCGGGAGAGAAAUACAACGAUGUGCCUUUGGUGCUGGACGAGACGCUGUACAAGCGGCUGCGCGAGGGCGACAUCGAUCAUCUGCUGGCGCAGCACAUUGCGCAUCUGUUCAUACGCGACUCGGUGUCGCUGUUCAGCGAGAAGGUGCACCAGAACGACCGGGAGGACACGGACCACUUCGAGAACAUCCAGUCGACCAACUGGCAGACGAUGCGGUUCAAGCCCCCGCCGCCCAACUCCCCGAUCGGGUGGCGCGUCGAGUUCCGGCCGUGCGAGGCCCAGCUGACCGACUUCGAGAAUGCGGCGAUCGUGUGCUUCGUCGUGCUGCUGACGCGCGUCAUCCUCUCGUACCAGCUUGACUUCCUGAUCCCGAUCAGCAAGGUGGACGAAAACAUGCAAAACUCGCAGAAGCGGGGCGCGGUGCUGACGGAGCGCUUUUGGUUUAAGAAAAACAUCACCGCCAUACCGCCGGAGGAAGGCCGAGCGGACGGUGCAGCAUCACAAGCCGAGCAGCGGCAGAAUGGCACCGCGGACGAAGCGGCGACGUCGGAGGCGCCCGCGGACGAGUACGAGCUGAUGACGAUCGAUCAGAUCAUCAAUGGGAAGGGCACGUUCCCGGGCCUGGUGCCGCUGAUCAACAGCUACCUCGGGUCGAUGGACGUGGACGCCGAUACGCACUGCACGAUCCAGCAGUACCUGAAGCUGAUCCAGAAGCGUGCGUCCGGCGAGCUGAUGACGACGGCCAGCUGGAUACGGCAGCAGGUCGUUUCCCAUCCCGAGUACAAGCACGAUUCCGUCAUCAGCGAGGGCAAUUGUUACGAUCUGCUGCGAAAGGCGAAGGACAUACAGGACGGUGUGCUGGCCUGCCCGGAGCUGCUCGGCAACAACAUCAACUCGAAAACGACGGACAACAUUCCGGCCGCGAUUGAGAAGCAUCUCACCAAGCGAUGUUAGUAGUUAAGUAGUGGUCGUUGUCGUUGAGUUUUAGCGAGUGCGAUAAUGCCGUGAAACCGUUCGGCUAAUCUACUUACACGCUCUGCCUCCUCUCCCCCAUUGCCCUAACUUAACUAAAGUCACCGAAAAGGGAACAGCAAUGGUGGUGGUGGUCUCACACAUGUUGGAGGGUGAUUUUCGUGUGCCGGGAGCGAACCAAAACAAAACAGGGGAAGGGAGAAAACCGUUUCCGUUUUCUUCUCUGGCGCGCCAAACACCGAAUGCGGGUAUUUCAAUGUUGAAUGUUAGCAGACUCGCGCUCAAGCAGCGCGGAUGUCGAGGACGAAUAACACGGCUGCACGGGAUAAGGAAUGCAAUUAUUUUUCCUCACAACGCCGUACAGCAAAUGCAUUUCACAUUUGGAGGGGAGACAGACAGACAACACCCCGGAAGGCAACAAUCCGCUAAUUUUGCGAGCAACCCCGCCAAAAAAGGGCCAGAUUGCGAGGGGGAUAAGUUGUGCUGUUUUUUUUAUUAUUAUUGUUCUAUUAUUAUCUUUAUGAUUUGCUGAUUGUUCAAAUAGGUGUGUGUGUGUGCUCCACAUGGUGUUAAGAGAAGAAAGUAUGGCACAAGUUAGCAUACGUUUUACAAAGUAAGGUUAGACAGUUUGUUUGUUAAGUUUACGUUGCAAUGAUAUUUUUUUAUGAAUCGUGUAAGUCUGUGGACCAUGCGCACGCACUAUCUUAACGGCCCACCCCAUCCUUUUGCAAUCCCCAGUUCGUCUUCAGUUCUGGAUUUCUUUUUCAAUUCCAAAGACACGUACACACAAACAUCCACGAUCCUCUUCCUCACAUACUUUUGGUGUGUUGGCUUUGUUUUGCAGAAGACAACGAAGAGCGCGAAGGAAGCGUUAGCGUUUACAAGCACCUAAGCAAACUAGCAAACACAUUCUCAGAACACUGUUACACCUAGCGACCUGAACAGAAUGGAACACAGAACAGAAGGCGAAGCGCGAAGAGGGCGAGGGGAGGGCAGUGGAAGUUUUUACUAUACAAAGACGACCACAAUGCAAAGUGCAAAAUGUGUACAUCGAUCACCGUUUACUCCGUGCCGGCGGCGGCAUUCCCGGGAAAUCCCGGGUUCGGGUAAACGGGAGUGAGAAGAAACUUUCCCAGGGCAGCAACAAGCAAAUGCACGAAGAACAAAUUGUUAUACAGAAAUAUACAUAGAUUUAUAUUAGAUUUUCUUUAAACCGAA